CGAAGAUCCAUCGUCUGGUCCUUUCGUCUUUGUAUGCACCUUACCACUCAGCAUGACCAUCCUCAUCAACUCAACGACUCGUAGGGCAGCGAGAGUGCUGACCCAGCAAGCCGCUGCUCUUGGCGCUGCGUCGUCAUCAGCAGCAUCAACGUCCCGCACUCUCCUCCCUCCUCAUCCUUCAUCCUCUUACCCUGCGCCACGCCUAUUCUCUACCACCCCUGCCAAUCACGGAAAGUCACGCCCAGGCGAGGGCAAGGAUGCAAUCAAGCGUCGCAAAAGGGCUGAGCGUAUGGCCAAGAGUGGCGAGAAUGAGAUUGAGAAGGAGCGAGAAUUCUACACAUUGCAGGAGGCCGUUGAGAUCUUGAAGGCAGUCGAGGUUGCUCGUCCCUUUUCCAGCUUCGAAGUACACAUCGUAACCUCCAUCUCCUCGCACCAAUCCAAUGCCCUUCGAGGACGCCUCACCCUCCCUCUAAGCACAUCGCGUCGGCCCCCUUCCCUCAUCAUCUUCGCAGCCGACGGUACACCCGCCUCGGCCUCGGCGAAAGCCUACGCAUCGUCGCAUCCAACGAUCCCGAUUCAAGUCGGGGGAACCGAGCUGAUCCAAGCCGUGGUGGACGGUAGCGCGGGUAACUUCGAUAAGGUUCUUGCAAGCCCGGAGAUGAUGCCUGCGCUAAGCAGGGCCUUGGCUAGGAGCUUGGGACCGAAGGGUCUUAUGCCCAACGCAAAGAGAGGGACGGUUGCCGAGGGAGAGGAAGAGAUGGCCGAGGCCAUCGGAGAGGCGGUGGGAGCUGUGGAUUGGAGAGGUGACAAGCAGGCCGUCGUGCGUGCAGCUGUUGCUCGUACCUCCUUCUCCCUCCCAGAGGUCAGGACAAACUUGAGGGCAUUCAUGGCUUCGGUACUGGACCGCGCAACGAGCUCUACCCUGUCGGGCGGCAACUCAACCAGCGGCAAUGCUUCUUCAGCGUCAAGGUCUUCGACGGGAAGGUCGAGGUGGAGCACUUUGGCUGCGAGGGGGGAUGGGGAGAGGGCACCGCCUGAUGCUGUCAAGAAGGCCAAGGGGAUUGUCAAGCAGGUGCACAUCAGUUCCACUAUGGGUCCCGGGAUCAAAUUGCCUGUUGAGGAGGUGAUCUGAGCAGGGAGCGUUGGCAAAAGGUGAAGGAUAGGAGGAAGAGAGCGGCGCAUCCUGACGGUGCAGAGGAGAGCUUGCAAUAAUGAGUCGUCAUUUCUUUGGAGGCGAAGUACAAGGGAAGAUGAAGGGAGGGAAGGUGAGCAAGAGACGGGUAGAAUAAAAGAGAGAUGUGCCAUCUUCAUCACUAUCGAGAUCGGGUACCCAGAGAACCAAAUCAGCCACUCCCUCCAGUCUUUGCCCCUCUUGCCGCU